AUGCUUCGUGCGGUCACAAGUGCCCUCCGUGCGGUUGCCCAGGACACUGAGUCCGGCUCCUCCCGCUCGUCCGAUGUAGUCUCGCCGCCGUCGGCAGGCUCGCCCAAGCGCAUGGCCAAGCCAACCACGGCCCGCAGGCGGAGUCGGUACAAGGGCCGCAUGCACGCUCGCCAGCGCCAGCGGGUUCACGGCCACCGCGAGCGCAAGGUCAACACCUCGCGGAACGCCGUGGCAAAGGCCUCCAAGCGCGAUCUGCAGCAUGAGCUCGAUGCCGCCUUCCAUCGCUUCCUCUCUGCCAACCAGAUGAUGGAGUACGCGCCCGGCGGCGCUUCGGCCACCGUCAAGGCCAACCUCGCCAAGCGCAAGGCAAAGUCUGCCGCUGUUGUCCGCCCCGAAGCUGCCCGUUUCCGCCUCUCGCUCGCCGAGGAGAAGCUCUUCUUUGCCGGCAACGACGACGGCUUCAAGUAGUUGCCAAGCUGAUUCACUAAAGGACUUUACCACGCC